UCCGCAUCUCGAAGGAAGUUGUGCGGCUGGGUCCGAACUGAUUUUACUUCUUGUGGGAUUUAAGAGACGGCCCCAUUCCUAGCAAGAGCCCAUUCAGAUAGCGUGAGCGCCAGGACACGGUGGGUGUGAGAGGGCCCCAGCGCCGCCAUUCGGACGACCCCCGGGCCUCACAUUCGUACAGGCUGCGGGAGAGUCCUGGUCGUAGGCCUGGCCUCCUGGGAGUCCUUUAGUUUGCAGAGGACUUUCAUGUCCUCUCUUUCACGGGCCGUGCGGACGACCAGCAGAGACUUCGGCCGGGAGUCCACGGCGCCCCUACUCCACUUUGGGCUGGGCGCCAGGGCCAGAGGGGCCUGGUCGACAGUGAGCGGCUUGGGAAGGCGAGAGCGGCAGCCACCUAGACGAGGACGACACUCAAUGACGCGCCUCUCGCGGCGUCCCAGUAGCUCGCCGUGAUCGUAUAGUGAUCACUAGCUCUGAAGGAAGCCAGCCGCCAUGUCAAGAGGACACUCAAGCAAUCCCAUGGAGAGACCCAUGAGUUGGGUGUUAUCAACUGUACCUGCAUUUAAAAGAAACUUGGAUCUGCUGGAAAAGUGAGAUGAGUGCUGUAGGCUGCAUUUAGAAGAUGAACAUGGAUUUUUCACACCUUCUAGAGGAAAAAGAAAGAGGGAAGAGGAAGGGCAAGAGAAGACAGAUGUGAUCACUGGCAUCAUUUCACCUGGACUGAAUGCUAGGCUCUGUGCCUAUAACUAUACCUGGGCUUGACCCCAGAACUGGCAAUUUUCUAAGCCCAUCCCUUCAGAGUCAAGGUCUCAUGGAGCUGAGUUUUUCUUUCUGUCCUUCACUGAGGCACCAGAGGAAUCCUACAAACUGGAGAGAACAGGAGAUGGAGAAAACAAAUGGGAGAGAGGGCAUUGCUCUGUCCACAGUGGAGACUGGCAUAGGGAACCCAGGGCUGGAGCUCACGGAAGAAGGAAUAAAUCCUGAGGGAACCAGGAAGACUGAAGAGCAAGGACACAGCCUUGGGGAUGGAUUGGAACCUCCCACUCAACAGAGGAGGAACCUACAGCCUUUCACCAGGGCAAGAAGUUUCUGUAAGACACAUGCUGGCUUGUUCAAGAAGAUCCUGCUGAGCCUCUUGUGUUUGGCUUAUGCUGCCUACUUCCUGGCAGCUUGCAUCUUGAAUUUCCAUAGGGCACUGGCCUUGUUCGUCCUCACCUGUUUGGUGCUUUUAGUCCUGGUUCACCGCUUUCUGAAAAGGUUCUUUGGUGAAAAAUUAACGAGAUGUCUGAAGCCCCUUGAAAACUCCUGCCUGAAGCUUUGGAUGAAGCGUGUGUUCGCGGGAGUCUUCUUGGUUGGCCUUAUCCUGUGGCUGGUUCUAGACACAGCCCAAAGGCCAGAGCAGCUGAUCUCCUUCGCAGGAAUCUGCAUGUUCACCCUCAUCCUCUUUGCCUGCUCCAAACACCACAGUGCAGUGUCCUGGAGGGCAGUGCUUUGGGGCCUAGGUCUUCAGUUUGUCUUUGGGAUCUUGGUCAUCAGAACUGAUCCUGGAUUUAAUGCAUUUCAAUGGCUGGGAAACCAGAUUCAGAUUUUCCUCAACUAUACUGUGGCUGGCUCCAGUUUUGUUUUUGGGGAUAUGCUGGUCAAGGAUAUCUUCGCUUUUCAGGCCUUACCGAUCAUCCUUUUCUUUGGAUGUGUGAUGUCCAUUCUUUACUACCUGGGCUUUGUGCAGUGGGUAGUUCAGAAGAUUGCCUGGUUUUUGCAAAUCACCAUGGGCACCACUGCCACAGAGACCCUGGCUGUGGCAGGAAACAUCUUUGUGGGUAUGACAGAGGCACCUCUGCUCAUCCGUCCAUACCUUGCAGACAUGACGCUUUCAGAAGUCCAUGCAGUGAUGACUGGAGGGUUUGCCACCAUCUCAGGCACUGUCUUGGGAGCCUUCAUAUCCUUUGGCAUUGACGCGUCAUCCUUGAUUUCUGCCUCUGUGAUGGCUGCCCCUUCUGCUCUUGCUUUGUCAAAGCUGGUAUAUCCAGAAGUGGAGGAGUCCAAGUUCAAGAAUAAAGAGGGGGUAAAAUUGCCCUGUGGGAAGGAGAAGAGUGUUCUGGAAGCUGCCAGCAAUGGAGCCACAGAUGCCAUAGGCCUUGCUGCUAACGUAGCAGCCAACCUGAUUGCCUUUUUGGCCGUGUUGGCCUUCAUCAACGCUGCCCUCUCCUGGCUAGGGGAACUGGUAGACAUACAGGGGCUCACUUUUCAGGUCAUCUGCUCCUAUAUCCUAAGGCCCGUGGUUUUCAUGAUGGGUGUCGAGUGGGCAGACUGUCCGAUGGUGGCUGAGAUGGUGGGGAUCAAGUUCUUCACGAAUGAGUUUGUGGCCUAUCAGCAACUGUCUCAGUACAAAAACAAACGUCUCUCUGGAGUGGAAGAGUGGAUUGGAGGCGAGAAACAGUGGAUUUCUGUGAGAGCUGAAAUCAUUACAACAUUUUCACUCUGUGGAUUUGCCAAUCUUAGUUCCAUAGGAAUCACACUGGGAGGCUUGACAUCAAUGGUACCCCACCGGAAGAGUGACUUGUCCAAGGUUGUGGUCAGUGCCCUCUUCACAGGGGCCUGUGUAUCCCUUAUCAGCGCCUGUGUGGCAGGAAUCCUGUAUGUCCCUAGGGGAGCUGAAACUGACUGUGUCUCCUUCCUAAACACAAGUUUCACCAAUCGAACCUAUGAGACCUAUGUGUGCUGCAGAGAGCUCUUUCGGAGAACCUCUUGGUCUGGGCUUCCCUGGUGGCACAGUGGUUAAGAAUCUGCCUGCCAAUGCAGGGGACACGGGUUUGAUCACUGGUCCGGGAAAAUCCCACAUGCCGCAGAGCAACCAAGCCCGUGCGCCACAACUACUGAGCCUGCGCUCUAGAGCCCGUGAGCCACAACUACUGAAGCCCAUGUGCCACAACUACUGAAGCCUGUGCACCUAGAGCCCGUGCUCUGCAACAAGAGAAGCCACUGCAAUAAGCCCACACACCACAGAGAAGAGGAGCCCCUGCUCGCCACAACUAGAGAAAGCCGUGCACAGCAAUGAAGACCCAACGCAGCCAAAGAUAAAUAAAUAAAUAUCUUUAUACUUUAAUAAAUAAAUAAAUACCUUUAAAUAAAGUUUAUAAACUUUAUUAAAGUUUAUUAAAUAAAUAAA